AUGAAGCUGAAACAUGAGAAUGGGUCUUACAUACUGUCGAAGCGUCCAUUGGUCUCAGUACCGGGACAAUGGUCUCAGUACCUGGACAUUGGUCUCAGUACUUGGACAUUGGUCUCAGUACCUGGACAUUGGUCUCAGUACUUGGACAUUGGUCUCAGUGCUUGGACAUUGGUCUCAGUACUUAGGCAUUGGUCUCAGUGCUUGGACAUUGGUCUCAGUACUUGGACAUUAGUCUCAGUGCUUGGACAUUGGUCUCAGUACAGGGACAUUGGUCUCAGUACUUGGACAUUGGUCUCAGUACUUAGACAUUGGUCUCAGUGCUUGGACAUUGGUCUCAGUACCUGGACAUUGGUCUCAGUACUUGGACAUUGGUCUCAGUACUUAGGCAUUGGUCUCAGUGCUUGGACAUUGGUCUCAGUACCUGGACAUUGGUCUCAGUACUUGGACAUUGGUCUCAGCACUUGGACAUUGGUCUCAGUGCUUGGACUUUGGUCUCAGUACUUGGAUAUUGGUCUCAGUACUUGGACAUUGGUCUCAGUACCUGGACAUUGGUCUCAGAACCUGGACAUUGGUCUCAGUACUUCGACAUUUGUCUCAGUACUUGGACAUUGGUCUCAGUACUUGGACAUUGGUCUCAGUACCUGGACAUUGGUCUCAGUACUUGGACAUUGGUCUCAGUACUUUGACAUUGGUCUCAUACUUGGACAUAGAUCUCAGUACCUGGACAUUGGUCUCAGUACUUGGGCAUUGGUCUCAGUACCUGGACAUUGGUCUCAGUACCUGGAAUUGGUCUCAGUACUUGGACAUUGGUCUCAGUACUUGGACAUUGGUCUCAGUACCUGGACAUUGGGCUCAGUACCUGGACAUUGGUGUCAGUACCUGGACAUUGGUCUCGUCGCAAUUCUGCGGGGGUUUCCAAUCCUCUCUUGGCUGCCUUCAUACGACUUCCGAUCAUCCCUGCUAGGAGACGUUUUGUCUGGCAUCACUGUAGCUAUUAUGCAUAUACCUCAAGGAAUGGCUUUUGCACUGCUGGGUGGACUACCUCCUAUUACUGGAAUAUACAUGGCAUUCUUCCCUCUUCUUAUAUAUGCAUUACUUGGCUCCUCAAGGCACUGCUCAAUGGGAUCAUUUGCCGUGGUGUGUUUGAUGACUGGGAAAGUUGUAGGAGAAUUAGCUACAUCACCAGACACUGAUGGAGCCUCGAUUCUAAGCGGCAACGAUACUGAGAGUGUACUGACGGACACCCGGCAGACAUAUACUGCCGUUCAAGUAGCAGCGAUUGUUGCUCUUAUGAAUGGAAUUGUUGAGAUAAUCCUAGGUAUGCUUAGUGUGGGCAGCCUGUGUGUCUUCCUCUCAGACAUGCUGGUGUCUGGCUUCACCACUGGAGCUGCCUUCCACGUACUAACAUCACAGAUCAAGUACCUUCUAGGUAUACAAGUACCAACGUACAACGGCCCAUUGAAAAUCAUUCACACAUAUGGAGGAAUCUUCAGUCAGAUAUUGUCUUCAAACCCAGCAGAGGUAGUGAUUUCCGCCAUCACGAUAUCUGUCAUGGCGAUCAACAGUGAGGUUCUCAAGCCUUGGUUCCGCAAGAAGACGAAGAUACCCAUCCCCAUCGAGCUCAUUGUUGUGUCCAUAGGAACCACAGUGUCCUAUCUGGCCAAUCUUUAUGACGCGUAUCAUAUAAGAAUUGUCGGGGAGAUUCCAACUGGGUUACCUGAACCUACGUUACCACCUUUCGAGCUGAUGCCAACAGUGUUAGUGGACUCUAUAGUGAUCAGUGUGGUGGCUUAUGUAGUCUCCUUCUCUAUGGCCAGGAUAUUUGCCAAGAGACACAACUACAGUAUUGAUGCUAAUCAAGAACUAUAUGCUCUGGGCGCCAGUAACGUGUUUGGAUCGUUCUUCGGUUGUGCUCCCAUCGCUGUGUCACUGGCUCGCUCUCUCAUACAGGAAGCUGCCGGUGGUGUUACACAGAUAACUUCCUUCGUCUGUUGCUUCCUACUGCUGUUUGUCUUACUGUUUAUUGGGCCCGUCUUUGAAACUCUCCCAAACUUGCUGGCUUCCUUCCUCGGUGUUGUAAUUAUAGACAUAGACUAUGGCUUGUUGUUGGGUAUCGUCACAUCACUGGUGGUUCUGCUCUAUCGUUCACAAGAACCCAAAACUGCUCGUCUCGGACGUGUUCCAAACACCGAUGUUUACCUAAACGUCAACAAAUAUUCCAUGACAGUAGAAGUGCCGACAGUGAGUAUCUUCCAGUUUAUCGGUCCGCUGCACUUUGCUAACAGUGAAUAUUUCCGUCGGGAGCUGAUGUCUGUCACUGGUCUCAACCCAAUCACUAUUGCUGCAAGCAAGUCACUAGUUGAGAAACAGCUGCAGCUGGAGGCUGACCUCACCACCCAGCUGACCAAGCAGGUACAGUACCUGGUGGUAGAGAUGAGUGCUGUGAGUUACACAGACUCCAGUGGUGGUUACCUACUGUCUCAGCUGUGUAAAGAAUACCAGGAGGCUGGUAUUACUGUGUGUCUGGCUUCUCUCUCAGAAAAUGUACUGGAAACCCUGGAAGUGUGUGGAACACUCAAAGUUAUUCCUCCAGAGAACAUUUUCCACUCAACGCAUGAUGCUGUUAUGGCCCUCACUCACCCGGACUCUCCUCUCCCUGUACAUGAUACGUGCACUAAAUUAUAGGACCUACCUCGUAGUACCAGGAGUAACAGUCACACAAUGGUUAUAAAAUUAUAAGACUAACCUUGUAGUAAAAGGAGUAAGUCGCACGUUGGUGAUGAAAUUAUAGGACCUAUAAAAGUCACACUGGAGAUGAAAUUACUGACUGGUUGAUCAGAUCCUGAUCCAUCAUGAGGCCUGGUCUCAGACCGAGCUGCGGGGGAGUUGAUCUCCGAAACCCUCUCCAGGUAAACUCCAGGUAAACUUGUUGUAUCAGGGGUAAGAGUGCCACUCUGAAGACUAUUAUCAUAUAUCUCACAUUGCUUACGUUUUUAAUAUUUUUGUGUUGUAACAGAGAUCUUCACUGAAGAAAUCAAAGCAUCAUCAAGUUAAGCCUUCAGAACAACCACUAUUUCUGACAAAUGUCCUUGAAUACUGUCAUUGCUAUUAACAAAUACAGUGGACCCCCGGUAAACGAUAUUUUUUCUCUCCAGAAGUAUGUUUAGGUGCCAGUACUGACCGAAUUUGACCCCCAAACAUACACGUACAAACGCACUUACAUAAAUACACUUACAUAAUUGGUCGCAUUCGGAGGUGAUCGUUAUGCGGGGGUCCACUGUAUAACGUUUCCUAAACUGCCGCCUUACAUUUACGCAUUCACUGCUUCGUUGCCUGCUUCUUAAAUUUAUAUAUUAAAUAUUUAUAUUAUUUAUAUAUAUUUGUGAAUUUAUAUAUUGGUGAAAUAAAAAGAUGGGAUGGUAGAGGAAGUGGAAUAUUUAAAUGGCUAAAUGAAGUCGCAAUUUUUCCUUGAGGCCUUUUUGUGUGUAUCUCCAAUGUUGUGGGUCCUCACAGAGUGAACUACAGGAGGCCCUCAUUCCUUUUAUUCAAGUAAAGUACUUUAUUACGUAACUUGUUUCUUCAGAUAAUUUAUACGAAACAUUAGCACGUUACUCUUUCUCUAUAAUAACUUAAAACGUUGAUAUUUCUUAUCUUUUUUAUGGAUUUUUUUUUAGAUUUUAUUUUUGGAAAUCACAAUAAACCUGUCUGUAUUUCUCCAGUUUAUCAGUGAACAAACACAACGUUUUAUUAUAGGAAAAACAAGCCUUAGAGAUCACAAAUUACUUAUACAGUGGAGAAGUUUGUAGCUUGACAGUGGUCGGUCUGGAACCAUUAACAAAACACAACUGAGCCAGGAAGAAAAAAUUAUUGAAUGGUAACGCCUCUGCCCCUAACUAGGCAGCCAAAUGUUCCAGCUUCCGUCACUCCUAAGUUUAUUAUUCAGGUGGAUUAAAAGCAUCCAUUUUCGGUCCACGAUAGAUCGAAAGUGGUCCGAAUUUUUAUCUGUAAAUUCUGGGUAAUUUGUGAAUUAUUCAAGCGGUGUUUCCAGUUGGACUGAAUUGUUCUGUCGAAGGUACUGUAUGUUACUUGUGAAUUGUUCCAGCCACUGUAGUAAGUGCUAUAUAGCCAGUGUUGUGAGCUAUGCAGUCAGUGUUGUGAGCUAUGCAGUCAGUGUUGUAAGCUAUGCAGCCAGUGUUGCAAGCUGUGCAGUCAGUCACUAUUUAUGAAUAGAUGUAUGAGUCAAGUUUUCAGUUAUCUGUAUUCAUAUAGUUAAGAAAAAGAGAUACAAUAUGUAUCACUGUAUCACAGUUGAUGCAGUACGUAUCACUGUAUCACAGGUGAUAUAGUAUGUAUCACUGUAUCACAGGUGAUACAGUAUGUAUCACUGUAUCACAGGUGAUACAGUACGUACAUUGUGUAUCAUAGGUGAUACAGUAUUAUCACAGGUGAUGCAGUAUGUAUCACAGGUGAUACAGUAUGUAUCACAUUUGAUACAGUAUCACUGUAUCACAGGUGAUACAGUAUGUAUCACUGUAUCACAGGUGAUACAGUAUGUAUCACUGUAUCACAGGUGAUACAGUAUGUAUCACUGUAUCACAGGUGAUACAGUACGUAUCACUGUAUCACAGGUGAUACAGUGUGUAUCAUAGGUGAUACAGUAUUAUCACAGGUGAUACAGUAUGUAUCACAGGUGAUACAGUAUCACUGUAUCACAGGUGAUACAGUAUGUAUCACUGUAUCACAGGUGAUACAGUAUGUAUCACUGUAUCACAGGUGAUACAGUACGUAUCACUGUAUCACAGGUGAUACAGUGUGUAUCAUAGGUGAUACAGUAUUAUCACAGGUGAUACAGUAUAUAUCACAGGUGAUACAGUAUGUAUCACAGGUGAUACAGUAUCACUGUAUCACAGGUGAUACAGUAUGUAUCACUGUAUCACAGGUAAUAGAGUAAUAGCCAGCCAUAUCACUAUCACCUGUCAGUUACUGUAUCAUGAUUACAGUGACAGACAGUCCUGUCACUGUAUUACCUGUCAGUUAUAGUGAUACAGUGACAUUUACUCUACCAUAAGUAAUACAGUGAUUCCUGUCACUGUAUUACAGGUAAGAAAUAUGUAGCAUCAUGACAUUUCAUUAUAUUGUUAUAUUGUUUAUUGUACCGCAUUUGUUAUACAUAAAAAAUUGUUAUUCAAGAAUUUAUUUUUGGCAUAAAAAAAUAUUAAUAUUUUUCUAAAUGCUUGAAGGAUUUAGGUAUUCAUCAAAUUAAAACUUGCUGUUAUGUACCAGUUUUUUAGCAAUAUUUUGUUUUCAGUUUCCAAAGCAACUUUGAAAAUGUUUGUAACUUGGUGAGAGAUGUUUUUAUUAUAUUGAUUGUGCUAGUGAUUACAGGAUCAGAUUUAUGCUGGUAGUGCCCCGUCCUCAACACUUAGUUUGUCUGAGAAAUGUUCGUAGUUUGCAUUGUUUGUUACACAUACAUCCGUCUUAGCAUAAACCAGAAAGUCUUCCAUUCUUAUGUUAGUUCUAGACGAAAACAGAGACGUGUUCUUGAUGUCAUUAUAAAAAUAUUAUAUGACAUAUUACUGAGCUUGUUUUAUUAGUGACUUAAGUUAGAGAGGCGCAUCUAUGGGGCACAAAAAAUGCACUAAGUUUACAGUAUGAGUUAUGGACGUGUGCUAUGUGUACUCGUUGUUGAUAUACAGAAUCAGAUAAAGUAAUCUAUUUCAAACAAAAAUAAUCAAUGCAUUAUCAAAGGAUCUGCUCUCACCAUUCCCCACCCCAUAAAAUAAAAAGUCAGUGAAAAUGCCUCAGCUUUUGUCCUGAUAAUGUUAGUCCAUACCUCAGGGUUAUGGAUAUAUGGUCCCUCUCUCGGGACCCGUGGAGAGAUGUUAUCCGGCCCCAUCGCCUUUGAGAUAUCUAGCUCGUUUAGCAGCCUCUUCACCACCACCUCGGUUGUAUGUAUUGUGUCCAGCACUUGAUGGUGUAAUCUACCUCUCCGUCUUUCUGGAUUCCCUACUGUCUCACUUCUCGGUCGUUUUUUGUAAACUCCCCUCCUUCCUUCCUGAGCCUGUUUACCUGAUCUUUGACCAUUGUUUUAUUCCUGAUGUGACUAUACAACAGAUUCAGGUCAGACUUCACUUUCGCUACUUUGUCAUUUUCGUAUUGUCGUUGGGCCUGCCUUCUUAUCUGCCUUCUUACCAUUCAUUUCUAACUUUUCUACUGCUCUCAUUAUUCUCCUGGCCCUUUGCCUUCUACACUUCUUCCAGUCUCUUACACACUGUUCUGGCCUUUCUACACCUUUGGGUGAACCAAGAACUCGCCCUGGACUUCUCAUUAUGUCUGUUGCCCUUGGGUACAAACCUCUCCUUUGCAUCCUUGCAUAUUGUUGUCACAUAUUCCAUCAUCUCAUUUGCUGAUCUCCCUGCCCAUUUUCUGUUUCACUGAACCUCGUGUAGGAAAUUCUUCAUGCCUGUGUAGUCGCCUCUCUUGUAGUUUGAAUACAUUCGUCCUGCCCUUCCUGCUUUCCUUUCCACUUGAAACUCUACUAUGUAUUCGAAGCUCAGAACCACGUGAUCGCUAGCCCCUAGAGGUCUUUCAUAUGUUAUGUCCUCAAUAUCCGCACUACUGAAAGUGAAUACAAGGUCCAGUCUUGCUGGUUCAUCCUCUCCUCCCUUACGUGUUGGUACAUAAGGUUUUCCAUUACCACCUCCAUCAUCUUAGCCUUACACAUUUCUGGGCCCACAUGUGGCUCCAGGUUUUCCCAGUCAGUUUCUUUGUGUGUAUGUGUUUGUGUGUGUGUGUGUGUGUAUGUGUCUGUGUACCGUAUAAGGAGCUACCACAAAUGGUAUUAACUAGGGACCCACAGCCUCUGAUAAGAGAAUAAACGUUCUAUAUAUUAAACUACGAGUCUAAUAAAUACUUUAUAAGCUGGCAUAUACCCGGAAGGACUUCUGGGUAUUUCCUAUUUAAGUAACAUUAAAGUAUAUAUUAUU